GGGCGAUAAAUUUAAAUAAUUAGGGCGACAAAUAGGAACUCUCUUACUCAAAGGUCCGGCAGUAAGAAGUUCGGUGGAUCAACGUUGGCGAUGGGAGGCGGCAGCGGCAGCGGCAGCGGCAGCAGUGAACGCGGAGAAUCAGUCGCGGAGCAGCCGGAGCUCGACGGAUCGUCCACUGGUUUGGAAUUGCCGGAUGAGCGCGCUGCAACGGAGCUGAAUCGGAGGGAGAUAGUUAAGGCUGUGAAAGUCGUGGAGAAGGACUCCUUGGCCAUUGCGGAGAGCUUCACCUCUCUUUUCUCCUCGCUCCGAUCAGCGCUCUCUGAGGCUACGAACAGCUCCGUCGAUCAUAUGCACUGCUUUGGUGAUGCCACUGGCCGCCUUCAAGAAUCCGUUCUGGAUGCAGCUACGAAGGGUAACCGCUACAUCAAUUCAUGUCUCAGGUUAAAUGAGGAACUCAAGGGCAUUGAAACAUUGGCUGCUCAAUUGAAAUUUCUGAGAAGAAAUGUGGAUGCUCUGGACUCGUCGGUGAACAAACUUAUACGGCUUCCAUGAUUGUAAUCUGUCAGCUAACUGGCAGCAAUUAGAGAGCAGCGUCAUCUGGGUGUGAAGGAGUCCAGUCCAGUCCAGUCCAGUUGUGAAGGCUUCAAUGAGUAAAACUUUAACGUGAUUAAAUUCAUAGAUGGUUGCAGUUAUAUUAUUGAGAAAUAACUGCCACUGUGCCGUUGGAAUUGUUUUCUGCACCCCUGCUUUUGACUUUGAGCAAUAGAAUAGCAAAUAGCAACUACUUAUUUGCAACUUCUCUCGACAUUCAAGAUGCCUCUGUGUAAGGUAUGAUUCUUGUUGAAUAGUUUAGGUCCAUUGGGCUUCUCAUAUGUUCGGCCCCUCUAGACUUCUUACAGCAAGAACUGAGCUUCUGAAAUUUGGAGUUGGCUUGUGUUAGAAGUACAUCUAGGAAGUGCUAGGUGGUCCAUUCACGACGAUGAUUGAAGUGGAUUAGAAGUCCAUCCAGGAGAACCAAGAAUUAAGGUUCAUUUUGUAGUUAACUUUUCUAAUAUAACCUGAAAUGUCCAAUUCAAACUUUGGUAAUACAAACUACGAAACGAUUGGUUGUGUUCUGUUAUCACUAUUAGAAGCCAGGUUAUCAUUUAUCUGUUAUCUUAUCUGAAAGCAAUGCACUUGAUUAUGUAGUUAUGUUAUUCAGUUCUUUGAAUUUUUUUCACAUUAUUGGACUGUUUGGGUUGGCUAGGUGGACCUAAAUGAACAACCCAGACUUCCUUGCUUUCGCUUUUACAAGUUCAAACUGUGCCAGGAUAUGCCAGUUCUGGAAGGAACUUAUUGGGAAGAGAAGAGAUAAGGGUGCAUUUGUAGAAAAUAUACAGCACAUGGCAGAUUGGUCUAGGGCUUGCAUGCUGAUUCAUGGCCCGCUGGGUUCAAUCCUGACUCAAAUGCAUUGCUUCACCAUUCAUCUGAUGUAGGUUGUAUGUAUUAUUAUUACUUCUACUGUCCUAGUUAAAAAAAAAAAAAAAAAAAACUCUGCUGUCUGUCAGUACUAUAUGGUCAUGGUCCCUUCCCUAUUGAAUCCGCACCUACAUUUUACAACCUUUCCCUUGGCUAAUUGGUGCAGAGAAGGAAGCUGGUCCCAUGAGUAACCAGAAUAUCUGGUACAAUCCUGAAAUUUUACAGCCUCUGAAUUUCUUAUGGCUCGAGUUUUGCAGGCUCUCAUUACAAGUCAUGUCCUUUGGCUAUGACGAAGAACUUUGGAAGGUUUGGUAGGAAAUGUGGAACUUAAGCAUCUUUAGUCUGUUUGUCUGUCUGUUUUCUUUCUUCCUUUCUUCGUUCAAUAUAUAAUAUCUCUGUCUGCAGACAUUGAGCUAGGGGGAAUUUUUCAAACAAGUAGGGGUGUUUUAGUAGUGGUAUAUCAUAUAUGGGUGGAGGCUAGAUCCAAUUCCAGGGAUUUGAUUGAAUGGAGGGAGGAAAUGGGUUAUUGUUGUCGUUGUCAUGUGUUGGUUUGUUGAUCACGAACAAGUAGAUUGCGAUAGGAAGGUGACUGUCUUGAUUUGAGCAAGUAGAGAAUGAAAGAUUGGAUGUUGAUGGUGGAAGAUGAACCAAAGUAGACACAAGGUUUUAGAGGGAAAGGUAAUCAUCAAACUUUUUGGGUGGUCCAUAAUAAGUGAUAUAUUUGACA